ACGCCGAACCGGAACGGCGUGACGGCGGCGGGGGGACGAUCCACCUGGGGGCCAGGAAGAGGGAAAGGCGCGCCGAACCCAGGGCCAGUACUGCAGGCCGCACCGCUGUCACACCCGGACUGCCUAGAGGCGCCGCUGUCCCCGCCCCUUCCGUGGCUGGGGUGGCAGGUGGCGCGCACCCCCUGGAUCUUGCUGGCGUCCUUGAUGCUGACAGCGGCGCUGAGCACGCGGCUACCUGUUACCCUACCCAAAGAGAAAGAGGAAGACCUAGAGGAGCAGUACACCCCGGUGGGGGGCCCGGCCAAGGCGGAGCGGCGCUUCGUGCAGGGCCAUUUCACCACCGACGACUCCUACCGCUUCUCCGCCUCCAGGAGGAGCACCGAAGCCAAUUUCGCCUCGCUUCUGGUGAUCUCCUACAGCGACUCACUGCUGGACCCGGCCACCUUUGCAGAAGUCAGCAAACUGGACGGUGCGGUGCAGGAUCUGCGUGUGGCGCUGGAAGACGGAAGCCAGAUCCAGUACCAGCAGGUGUGCGCGAGGAACAGGGCGCUCUGCGUGCACCCCAACCCGCUCCUGCACGCCUGGCAGGUGGACAAAACGCUCAACCUGAGCAGCAUCUCCUUCCCCAUCUACCACCACGGCGGGCAUCCCCUCUACCUGACCGGCUUCUUUGGAGGACGCAUCUUGGGGGGCAGCCUAGGAAUGGGCCACUUACUCCUGCGGGCCAAAGCCAUGCGGCUGCUGUACUACCUGAAGACCGAGGACCCUGAGGACAGGGUGCAGAGCAAGCAGUGGCUCACCCAUUUCCUCGACCAAUUUACCAACAUUACGAACACCUUGGCCUUGAAGAAAAUUGAGGUGGUCCACUUUACAUCACUUUCCAGACAACUGGAAUUUCAGGCAACUUCUAAGACUACGAUCCCUGUGUUUCACCUGGCACACGUUCCCAUCAUUCUGUUUGCAGUCGCGUCAUGCUUUAGAUUUUAUUGCAUACGAAACAAAAUGUGUGUUGCAGCCUUCGGAGUGAUUUCUGCUUUCUUGGCAGUGGUGAGCGGCUUUGGCCUGCUGUUGCACAUUGGGGUGCCAUUUGUCAUCAUAGUUGCCAAUUCGCCAUUUCUUAUUCUAGGUGCGUGGUGGCGAUGCUGCCCGAGUGGGCUGAGUGUCGUCUAUGUGCAUGGAGAAAUCCGCGGCGGGCAGUGA